UGAUUUCAAUGGCGAGUCAUUUGGUAAGUAGUUCAAAAUAUCCAUGGGCAUGUAUCUUUAAUGCAACAUUUAAAGAUUAUUCGGUUAGCACACUCUUAACAGUAUAAAUUAAUGGAUAAGAGUCGUAGUAAGUUGAAUAGUUUUUUAAUGUAAAUAUGUAUUCGGAUAUUUAAUUAGACGACCAGUCAUUAAACCUAGCAUUAGUUGGACAAUGUGCAGCUAAAUGGCAGGGAACUGCCGCGAAAUCACUCAAUAUACUUAGUGGUUUUCAUUCGAAAUGAAAGCUGGCAGUAAAUAAUACACUCUAGAGUGAAAUAUCCAUAUCUUUUUAAUUUAUGCGCUUAACUUUCCCAGCCAACAUUUGAGAUCUAUCCAGUGUGUCCAGCUCAUGUUUAGUUUAGCAUGGCGAAUACACCAACAUUAAAAAACAUGUAAAGUUGUGAACGCUUAGUAUGAUGCUUACCGGCUGCAAUUUAGCUGCACAUUGUCCAACUAAUGCUAGGUUUAAUGACUGGUCGUCUAAUUAAAUAUCCGUAUAGAUAUUUACAUUAAAAAACUAUUCAACUUACUACGACUCUUAUCCAUUAAUGUAUACUGUUAAGAGUGUGCUAACCGAAUAAUCUUUAAAUGUUGCAUUAAAGGUACAUGCCCAUGGAUAUUUUGAACUACUUACCAAAUGACUCGCCAUUGAAAUCAUCAGCAUUCUAGUUUUGUUCUUAUAGGCCAUUAUCACGCUGAUACGUAGUACUUCCGCAUUCAGUGAUCUUUGUGCACUGCCACUUCCGGUGGAUCACUCAUCACUCUGGCGAACCUAUGAUGGACGAUUAUAAGUUAACUUAUACUGCAUCCCUGGUAAAUUUACCCAAAAUAACUUUUUCUGACGUACAUCGACUAACUGAACAACACUCCAUCACAGCCCGCUCCAAAGUGGACAAGGGAUACAGUUUCUUUUUCGAGAACUUCAUCUACGACUACGAAGAUUGUUUUCCAAGCUGAUGCAGCCGAACUUCAAGAAACCUCAUGCAGCUGUACAGCAGGCAAGGUUCUGUGCAACCAUCUAGUGGCCUUGUUGUUCCAGAGUGCCCAUUACAGCAUGUUGCAGGUGAGAGCUGUACCACCACCUGUGGCCUGCACAAGCUCUCUGCAAACAUGGCAUCGACCAAGGACAAAGGGGAUCCAUGCAGAGCCGGUUCAGGACUUGGUUGUUAGGAGACCAAAGCCAUCUGCCAGGAGUGUAUGCAAAUCAACACUCUAUCAAGCAUACACAGGAUCCCUCCCAGACCCGCAAGUCUUGUCUCUUGGGGAAGGACUGAAAAACCUCAGGCCGCAACCACUAAUAUCCUCAGUGCUGCAUGGCUUGUCUCAACUCUCCAUGGUCGACUCCAGGUUCGGACCUGUGCCGCGAGGUUCACCCCUGUCCUACCAGUGUCCUCCUGUGGUCAAACGCGGAAAUUAUGUCCAACACCCAGGUGCACCAACAUUCCCUAAACUGCCUUUAGAGGGGUCAACAUUUCCCACUACUUUUCCAAACGUUGACCCAAACUCCCAACAGUUUCUCCAUUUGGACAGCUUAACUGUGACACACGAGAUGGCAGCUGAGAGAGAGGAGCAGACACGUGAGCAGUCUGAGUGCCCAUUAUGGCAAGCUUUACGCAAGCCUAGAGUGACAGCUAGUAGGUUCUAUGAGGUUAGCCAUGUGAAAGGGCCGUCUUCUGGUCAGACCCUGGCAGGGCGGAUACUUAAGGGAGUACACCAGACUCCCGCCAUGAAAAGGGGCCUUGAACGCGAGCCACAGGUGCUGGAACAAUAUUCAAAACAUUUCAAUGUAAAUGUCUCACGCUGUGGAUUUGUUAUCCAUCCCGAUGCUCCUCACAUCGGGGCUAGCCCCGAUGCGAGGGUAUAUGACCCUAGUGCCAUUCCGUGUUUUGGGCUUGCUGAAGUUAAGUGCCCAGACAUCUCCAGCAUUUCUGAGGCAGGACAUGUAAAAAUUGUGAAUGGUCAGGCAAAACUGAAGCAGAAUCAUAAAUACCACUGGCAGGUUCAAGGCCAACUGGCAGUAACUGGAUUGAGUUGGUGCGAUUUUAUAACAGAUACUGAGGGAGACUUAACAGUCGAAAGGGUCUGGAGGGAUGAUGAAAUGAUAAAAGAGAUGAAAAAGAAGGUGGACCUGUACUUCUUUGGUACAUAUAUGAAUGUGUAUCUUCAGCAGAAAGUGAAAUGAACUGAAUGAAUAAAAGAUUUUAUUA